CAGACAGCCACUAAAGCUCAGCACGUGGAUGUUAUAUAGCUGCAUGUGGUUUAUCGAUUGACCAUGGGCACGAAUAAUGGAUCCUUCAGCUUGCCAGAUACAACAAGGAAUUGUACCCUUCCAUAUGAGAAGGGCCAACUUCCUCUCAUGGUUCUCUACAGCGUUGUACUCAUCGUGGGGAUUCCUACCAACCUGGCCACCAUCUACUUCACUUACCUUCAGGUCUGUCGCAAGAACGUGCUGGGAAUCUACCUGCUGAGCUUGUCCGUGUGUGACCUGAUGUAUUUGUGCACUCUGCCCAUGUGGAUUGUCUACAUAAACAGCGGGCAUCGUUGGCACCUAGGCUCUCUGGCCUGUAAAGUCACUGGCUACGUCUUCUUCAACAACAUGUAUGUCAGCAUCUUUCUCCUGUGCUGCGUGUCAGUGGACCGUUACGUAGCGGUGGUGUAUGCAGUGGAGUCCCGGGGCCUGAGGCGGAGAAAGGGCGCCACGAUGGUUACCAUGGUGAUCGUGGUGGUGGUGGCGUUAGGACACACACCGGUGUUCACCAUGACAGAGGGGGAGACAGAGGGCUUGGAGAAGCGUUGCUUCGAGCCUGGCCAGAACACGUUGACCGUGACGGGCUUCAACUACGCGCGCUUCUUCGUCGGCUUCGUCGCCCCACUGUGCGUCCUGCUGGCCACCAACCAUGCCGUCCUCGCCAAGGUGCAUGCCAGCGAGGGCCUGAGGCAUGAGCAGAAGGCCAGAGUGCGCUGCCUCGCUCUGGCAGUCAUCCUGCUCUUCCUUAUCUGCUUCACCCCCUACCACGCCAUCCUUCUCCUGCGGGCCAUCAGCUUCCACAUCUCCGAGUACAACUGCAACUUUGAGCGGGCACUCUACACGCCUUACACCAUCUCCCUGGGCCUCUCCACCAUCAACAGCGCCAUGAACCCCAUUCUCUAUGUGCUGGCGAGCGACAACAUACGCAGAGAGAUCCUCAGAAAUAUGAGUAGCCUUCGAAGUAGCAGUUUCUUCAAGUUUCGCCUGUCAGACAGUGCACAGGAGCCCAGGAACCACAGCCACUGACACUCGGCUGGAGUGUGAGCUCACACAGUCUCAUGGUUGACAGGAAGUGGCAGAUAAUCAUCGUCAGUCAAGUUACAAAAAACUUAUUCAAUCUUGAUUUACACUUUAUUUUGGUUAACCAUUUCCUGGCCUUUUCUUCAGUUUGUAAAGCUGUAUCUGCUACCUUGGCACAUCCAUCUCUUGUUGUUCACUGCUUAGGCCACAAAUACAGUAUUUGAUGACCUGAAUUUUUAUUGUAAGAACAUUUAUCUCUUUACGCAAAUGAUACUUUACGCGAAUGAUUUCACUUCCGUAUAAAAGAGGAGACCUAAAUUUGACCCGAAUGACUAAUGCAACCCAAAUUCACUCUUUUACUUGUUUUUUAGAUGUGAAUGUAUUCUCAAGAACUUAAGAGGAAGUGGUUAGAGGUUUUUGGAAACUCCUGCAAGUGGAGAGCUUUGUGUAGCUGUGCUCUCAGACACAUUCGCGGUGGGAGUCUACUGUAUCUAUAUUUUGGAUUUCCAUGUAAGCUGGAGAGAGUAUAAGAUUUGAAGACCACUGUUUAACAAAAGCAAAGGUCUGAGAACAGCUGCUUGAAACCUGGUUCUUCAGAAUCAGAAUCAGUUUAUUUUUGUCUGGUAUAUUACACUUACAAGGAAUCUGUUUUGCUGAUAAUGACUAAAUAUAAAUAGAAAAUAUAGCACAAUAGAUAUAAAUCAAUAAAUGACCAAGUUUUGUAGUGCAGCGAUGCGUUAUAGCCACAGCACAGGCUACAGUGCUGGACGUUUGGGAGGUCCAGUUUGGAGUGCUAACUGCAGUGCUACAGCUGUUGGCAUGUCUGGUCAUGGCUCUGAUUCUUCGACCAGAGACAAGUGGCUGGAAGAGGUAACGUCCACAGUGAGAGAGGUCAGCUCUGACCUUCAUGGACGUGCUGUUGUGGAUGUGCCGGAGAACUGGAAGGAUACCUCCAACGGUUCUCUCCGCUGUGCUGGUUGUGCGCUGGAGUUUGGCUUGCUGGGUUAUCUGGAUCUGCGGCAGGUUCUUCAGAAAGACGAAUUUCUUCAAAAAGAAGCGCUCUUUUCUCAGCGGAGACCGGGUUUCACCGUGUCCCGUUUCAAGUCCGCGGUUAUGGUGGUGCGCAGGAACCCGAGCGACUCCACGGUGGAGACCACAGAGCUGCCGAGGGUGACG